AUCAUUCAGUUCGUUUAAAGUGUUCUUUUGUAAAAAUGAAAUUGAUUUUAUUGUUCGCUUGCUUCGCCCUCUUGGUGGUCUAUAAUGAGGCGCAGCGUUGUCGUGGACGAGUUGCCCGCGAUGAACGUAACUGUCUUGGCGGCAGAGACUCUGGCACUAGGCGAGGCGACAACUGUCACAGAAAUUCCAAUGAUGAAAUGUGGUACUUUAGCCGCAGGACACGAUCCUGUAGGAGAAUGUCCUAUCGCGGCUGUGGGGGCAACAAGAAUCGCUACUGCUCCUUGGAAUCCUGUGAAAGGAAAUGUGUUCGUCCUCGACCCGUUGACCCAAUCACACCUCAACCCAACAAUCCAACUACAGCUGCUCCUGCUGACCCAACUCCUGCUCCAGCUGCUGAUUAAAUACUUACUUUCAAAAAUAUAUAAUGCACAAAUCUGA